AUGGCAUAUUACGAUGACGCCGGAAACGAUGGACAGCCUUUCGGAAGGCAAGGUGGAACUGCAGGACCUCGCCGACCGAGACUCGUGACGGAUUACGGCUCGUCAAUGGUACGAUGGAUGCACAACCGGCGACCGAAAUACAAGGGCGGACACCGGAUGGAGCUUGAGAGACCAAGCGCAAGCUACACGGUUGAUAUGCUCCCUCCCCUCGCACGCGUGAAUUCGCCGGUCGACUCAAUCCCCGUCCGACAUCUACACCAAUCGAUUGGAAAGUCGAAGAAACCGAUUACAGUCAUCAGAUGGACACCAGAGGGGAGGCGUCUCUUGACGGGCGGACAUACUGGAGAGUUUAUGCUAUGGAACGGAACGGCUUUCAAUUUCGAAACUGUCAUGGACGCACACUACGAUCAAUUACAAGCAGGUGUUACGUCGUUAGCGUGGUCACAUAGCAACGACUGGCUGAUAUCAGGAGGCCAAAAGGGCGAUGUGAAAUACUGGAGGCCGAACUUCAACAACGUUGAGACGAUAGAUGACGCGCAUCACGAUGCUGUACGAGAUUUGGCAUGGUCGCCGAGCGACUCGAAAUUUCUCUCCGCCUCCGACGACACGACACUGAAGAUCUACGAUUUCACAGCGAGAACAUGCGAUACUGUCCUGACUGGCCACAAUUGGGACGUGAAAUCGUGCGAUUGGCACCCAACGAAAGGUCUGCUCGUUUCCGGGUCAAAAGAUCACCAAGUCAAAUUCUGGGAUCCGCGAACAUCAAUCUGCUUGACGACACUUCACAGCCACAAAAACACCGUGACGGCGACGAAGUUUUCGCGGGUGAACAGCAACCUCCUUGCUACAUCCUCACGCGACCAGACAGCACGCGUAUUUGAUCUUCGCAUGAUGCGGGAUAUCUGCAUUCUCCGUGGCCACGAAAAACCGAUUUCUACGCUAACAUGGCACCCUAUCCAUUCUUCUCUUAUCUCUACAGGCAGCGAAGACGGAUCAUUAUACCAUUACUUGCUUGAUGAGCCUAAUUUGCCAGCGGGCCAGCUGCCAACCCUUGCUCCAUAUGACAGUCCGGAUCCAGCAAACACGCCCGCUCAGGUAAUCUACCCGGCCCACCGAGUACAAUACGCCCACGGUGCGACCAUUUGGACCCUUGAUUGGCACCCUCUCGGUCACAUUCUUGCGUCCGGAUCCAAAGACAACUUUACCCGUUUCUGGUCGCGCGCUCGACCCGGCGAGACCAGCUACUUGAAGGAUAAGUUCCACAUUGGGGAGGAAGCCGCCGAAGCUCAGGGGACAUGGAACCGGAACUUCGGUAGAAGACAAAUGCGAGAAGAGGAGGAGCAGGAGUUACAAGACGAAGCAGACAGCCUUGUCGAUCAAAGGAAGACCCCCGGAGGUCUUCCUGGUAUCCAGAGCGCGCCUCAAUCAGACGGACCAGGUUCAUUACUCCCAGGUAUCGGCGGGGCACAGCCUCCGCCGCCGCCCGGACUGGCUGCGUCUAUGGGCCAGAUACCGCCAAACGCGUUCCCGCCGAAUCCUGGAUUCCCUGGGUUCCCCUUUGCGCCUCCCAUGUCCGCCGCUCCUCCCAUGUCGGCAACUCCGCCUGUGAACGUGGACCUCGCCGAGCUCCAGAAGCAGCUCGCUGCGCAGGGUAUCACACUGCCGCGCGGAUUCCCUCACCACUUUACUCCUAUGCCGCCGCAGGCUGGCGGUGGAGGUCUGCCCGGCUUACAGGGUGGCUAUCCUCCUGAUAAAAACUAUGGUCGGUGA